AUGUGUCUAUCACAGAAUCCCUUGAUUGAGAGAAGCAUGAGGAGAAGAAGAGACGACCUCAGCGUAGGCUCCCAGAAGGGUUGUUGCUCUCGUCUGCUCUGCCAUAAGACUCAUGAUUCACGAAAGCCUCAUAAAUGUUCCUCUCUCUUCACCGAUCUUUGUCAUAAACUAGAUUUGUCAUCUCUGUUUCGCCAACCCAGCAAUUCGCAGUUUAACGGAGUCUUCUUCAUUCUUCUUCCUCCUCCUCCUCUUCUUCUUCAGAAAGAAACCAUACCCACAGACGAUUCCAGAGUUCUGGUGAAUAAUCUAUUAAGCCAGCAGGGUUGUGUAGGUAAAAGAUAUGAGGUGUUCUUGAGUUGUCAGUGUAGCAAUGGCACUCGUGAAGGGAAUUUUCUUUCCGAUCUCUAUUCAUCUCUGAAGGAAGCUGGAAUUUCCGUACUCAAAGAUGACAUCUCAAGUGAGCUAUUGCAUAGCCCUACUGAAGGUUCUGAAAUUUCAAUCAUCGUCUUCUCUAAACAAUAUCUUAGGAAUGAAAGUACGUUUAUUCAAAAUAUUAUAGAGCGUGUUCGUCAGAUAUUGGAUGGGAAAGAUUCCAAAGAUGGCCUAGUUGGAUGGAAGUCACAAGUGCAAGAAGUGAUUAAAAUGCUUCAAAAGCAUCAAUCAAAAAAUGCUCUCUGGAUAGGGAUAUGGGGAAUGGGAGGUGUGGGCAAAACAACUAUUGCCAGACUCAUUUUUGAGCACAUUCAGUACGAAUUCGAGCGUGCAUGUUUUCUUUCAAAUGUCAGGGAAGCCUGGGAGACGGGAGGCCCAUAUGGUUUAAUAAGAGAACUUGUUUUGGCAAUGCGUGACCGAACAGAUCUAAUGGUAGAUGAGGUGGACGAAAAACAGAGCCUGGGAAGAGCUUCCGAUCAUAAGGUACUUCUUGUGGUUGAUGAUGUGAAUGACGUGCAGCAGCUACGUUCUUUAUGUGGAAAUGUUCAUGGUCAAGGGAGCAUAAUAAUCAUUACCACAAGAGAUUCACAUAUAUUUCAAGCUUUUCAUCGAGUGGACUAUGUGUAUAGCGUAAAACAUUUGAGCGAUCAUGAGUCUCUUGAACUUCUCAGUAGAACAGCAUUUAAUCAAGCAAGUCUUGAAGCAGAAUUCAUCGAACUUGGCAGAAGAUUGGUGGCUUAUACUGAGGGGCUACCACUAGCUCUUAAGGUCGUUGGCUCUAUUAUGAAUGGACGGUCACCGAUAGAAUGGGAGUCAGCAUUGAUAAAACUAAGCACAGAUCUCCCUCGUGAUAUAUACAACACACUAGAGCUUAGCUUUUACUCUUUAGAUGAUGAUGAGAAAGAAAUAUUUCUCAAUAUAGUUUUAUUUUACAUUGGGGAGGACAGGGAUGCUGUGAUCCAGAAGUUGGAUGGCCGUGGAUUUAGUGCUAGCAUCGGGAUAAGAGCCCUGGUGAAUCGAAGCCUUGUAACAAUUGAUCACAACAACAAACUUAGAGUGCAUAAUCUGUUGCAGCUCAUGGGAAGGCAAAUAACACGUGAAACUUCACAAAAUGUCAUUCUAAAUAAAGGUCAUAGGUAUGAAGUGUUUUUAAGUUUCAGAGGUGACGACACUCGAGCGACUUUUACUUCACAUCUUUAUACAGCUCUAUGUAAUGCUGGCAUUACUGUUUUCAAAGAUGAUGUUGAGCUUCCUAGAGGAAAUCGUAUCGACAGAGAACUAUUACAGGCAAUUGGAAGUUCAAAAAUUGCAAUCAUUGUCUUCUCUCGAGAAUACGCUGCAUCUAAAUGGUGUUUGGAGGAAUUGUCAAUAAUCAUGGAGCUUCAUAAAUCAAAUUGUCAAGUGGUUCUACCUGUGUUUUAUGACGUAGAUCCAUCAGAAAUUCGUAACCAAACUUCUAGUUUCGGAAAAGCAUUUAAAGAUCUUAUAAAUAGAAUUUCACCACUAGAACAUCAAGUUUCCAAGUGGAGAACAGCCCUUGUUGAGGCUGGAGGCAUUGCAGGGAUUGUUGUGCUUGGUUCAAGGGAUGAAAGUGAAAAUGUGAAAACUAUCAUUGAGAAUGUUUGUGAUAUAUUGGACAAGAAAGAUUUGUUUGUCGCUGAGCACCCAGUAGGAGUGGAUAAUCGCAUGCAAGAAGUGAUCAAAAUGCUCCAAAACCAUCCAUCUGAAGAUGUUAUUAUGAUAGGGAUAUGGGGAAUGGGGGGUACAGGCAAAACAACUAUUGCCAAAGCCAUUUACAAUGAAAUUGGUUGCACAUUUGAGAGUAGAAGUUACCUUUCAAAGAUCAGAGAAGUUUGGAAUCAAGGAAAAAAGAACCAAGUGAACUUACAAAACCAACUUCUUUCUGAAAUAUGUAUGACAACAAAAAUAAAGAUAAAUAGCAUUGAAUCAGGAAUAAUCACAUUAAGGGAUAGACUUCACCAUAAAAAGGUACUGGUUGUGCUUGAUGACGUGGAUGAGUUAGUCCAACUAAAUGCUUUAGUUGGAAGCCGUGCCUGGUUUAAACCUGGAAGUAUAAUAAUCAUCACCACUAGAAAUCAACGCCUACUCCUUCAAGUGAACUGUGGUGUUUAUCUAAUGAAGAAUUUGGAUGACAGUGAAUCUAUUGAGCUUUUUAGUUGGCAUGCAUUUAAACAAGAAAGUCCUAAAAAAGAUUUCAUUAAACUUUCAAGAGAUAUAGUUGCAUACUCUGGGGGACUUCCAUUAGCUCUUGAAGUCAUUGGUUCCUAUUUAUUCGAUAGAGAUGUUGAGGAAUGGAAGAUUGUAUUGGAGAAACUUAAAAAAAUUCCCAAUGACAAGAUACAAAAGAAGCUUAAAAUAAGUUUUGAUGGUUUAAGUGAUGAUUUGGAGAAAGAAAUAUUCCUUGAUAUAUCUUGCUUCUUUAUUGGAAUGGACAAAAAUGAAGUGACACAGAUAUUAAAUGGCUGUGAAUUGUUUGCUGACAUCGGAAUCAAAACCCUUAUUGAGCGAAGCCUUGUAUCCAUUGAUGAGAAAAACAAACUUGUUAUGCAUGAUUUGUUGAGGGACAUGGGAAGAGAAAUAAUUCGUAAACAAUCUCAAAAGGAGCUUGGGAGGAGAAGUAGGUUGUGGUUUCAAGAGGAUACACUUGCUGUAUUAUUCGAACACAUGGGAACAGAGGCUAUAGAAGGACUGUCUUUGACAUUGUCACAAAGUGAAAAAAUGCAUUUUCAGACGGAAGCAUUUAGGAUGAUCAACAAACUCAGAUUGCUUCAUCUUGAAAAUGUACAACUAAGGGGAGGCUACAAAUACAUAAGUAGAAAUCUGAGAUGGCUCUGCUGGCAUGGUUUUCCCACAAAAUACAUUCCUAGCAACUUUUAUCAACAGAAUUUAGUUGCUAUUGACUUAAAAUACAGUAACCUCACACAAGUGUGGAAGGAACCCCAGCUUCUAAAGACACUGAAAAUCCUCAAUCUCAGCCACUCUCAUUACUUGGUGCAAACUCCUGAUUUCUCAAAACUUCCAAAUCUUGAAAAGUUGAUCCUCAAAGAUUGUCCAAGUUUAUUCAUGAUACAUCACUCUAUUGGGCUCCUUCAUAGACUUCUUUUACUAGACUUGGAGGAUUGUAUUGGCCUUCAUAGUCUCCCAAGAAGUAUUUACAGAUUGAAAUGCCUAAGAACUCUCAUUCUUUCUGGUUGUAAGAAUAUUGAAAAGCUAGAGGAGGACAUAGAGCAAAUGGAAUCUUUGACAACUCUAAUUGCUCCUGCAAUAAAACAAGUGCCCUUUUCUAUAGUGAGACUAAAGAGCGUUUUGUAUCUAUCUAUUUGUGGUCAUGAAGGAUUAUCACAUCAUGUGAUUCCUUCUCUUUACCAGUCUUGGAUGUCCCCAACAAAAAAUCCACUACCUCUUAUUCCAACACAUGUGGGCAUGCCAUCAUCAAUUUUGUUGAAUAUGCUAAACACAAAGUCCUUUGUUGGACGAUGGAUUGGAGAUUCUUGA